UUCAAAACAAACCAAAAACACAACUCUUGUUUCUAAAAUUCUUAAAUUUCCUACCAAUUUACUUCUUCUAAAAUGGAUUGGAUCAGAGGUAGUACUAUAGGCCACGGCUCCACCGCCUCCGUCUCCUUCGCCAAGUCAUGCUUUUCCGAUGAUAUUUUUGCUGUUAAGUCAGUAGAGCUAUCCCAGUCGCAGUUAUUACAAAAGGAGCAGAAAAUUCUGUCCGAAUUGAGCUCUCCUUAUAUAGUUAGCUACAAGGGGUACGAUGUUACGAAAGAGAACGCUAAACACAUGUUUAAUCUUAUGAUGGAGUACAUGCCGAACGGUACACUUUCCGAUGAAAUUCGGAAACAGGGUGGCCGGAUAAACGAGCCGUUGAUUGGGUAUUACACGAAGCAAAUUGUACACGGACUAGAGUACCUACAUUCAAGGAACAUAGCACACUGUGAUAUAAAGGAGCACAACAUUUUGUUAGGAAAAACCGGUGCCAAAAUUGCCGAUUUUGGAUGUGCCAGGUGGAUUGAUCCGACGGAGAGGGACGGUGGUAGGGCGGCUUCUUCCACUGAGCCAAUUGGAGGAACGCCGAUGUUCAUGGCACCAGAGGUGGCGCGUGGGGAAGAACAGGGGUGUCCUGCUGAUAUUUGGGGAUUGGGAUGUACAAUUAUUGAAAUGUCCACUGGUGGAUCAGCAUGGACUAAUGUGACAAACGCGGCGUCAUUACUUUACAGAAUUGCAUUUUCUGGGGAAUCCCCUGAAAUUCCAAAAUUCCUGUCCUUACAAGCAAGAAAUUUCUUAAGCAAAUGCUUGAGAAGAGAUCCAAAAGAAAGAUGGACAGCUAAACAACUCCUCAAGCAUCCAUUUCUUGAGGAAGAUUCUAAUUCUAAUUGGACGGCAAAUCAAGAUUUUGUGACAGACUCCCCAACAAGCAUUCUUGAUCAAGACAUAUGGAAUGAAUCAGAAAUUGUGGAUUAUACAAUAUUACAAACAGUUAGCUCUCCUCUACAAAGAAUAAGAGAUUUGCGUUCAAAUUCAGGAGAAUCGAAAUGGAGAUGGAAUGAUGAUCAGAGAUGGAUCACAGUUAGAAGCGGCUGUAGUGAAUAAUUUUGUUUAUGAAAUAAUUACAGCAGAACGCGAAGGAGAAAGUAUCACAUUGAAGAAGAAUUGGACCUCUUGAAAAUCCUCUCAUUGUCGGGGCAAAGAAUGGUUGCGAGUUCACUAUUAAGGGUAGACCCGAAUUCAGAAAAGUGACUUCUCCUCUCUUCUCGUGAUCAUUAGUGUCCCAUUUUUGAGUUUAACUUAUAUACACUGACCACAUAUAAACUUUGUUUUUUACACGAUGUAAAAAAAACAUUAGUGAAAUUAAGGCAAUAACCAAACUUGAAAGUAAAAUAAAUAAGAAACCUCUUUUCAUUCGAUUGAAACAAAAGGUUUUUAAACCUCAAAAAAAAUAAAAUUGAUUAGAUAUAGAUUUGGUGGUCUGGAGCCCCCAACUCCAUAUCUUCAUAAAAAAUUAAAAUGGUCCCAUAAAGAUUGUCUAUUAGAUUUCUUGGGGCAAAUAUAUUAUAUUACCACGAAAUUAAUUAAACUGCUUUGCAAGAUAUUGUCACAGCAUUGAAGAUUCUUUUAAGAGUUUAGGUUUGUGGAUUUAAGGUUAUCUUUGGAAGGAAAAUAAGGUUAAUUUUUUUUUUCUUGAUCA